AUGGCCUCUACUUCUACUCCAUACAGUUCUGCACCUGCAUUCCCAACUCUCGCCCAUUUUCUCUUGCCACAACCACAUCAUGGCCAGGUUUCUACACCAGGAACUUGGGAUCUCAAGGAUGACAUUCGUAACGCAUUCAAGAGCCCUGCACAUAGUGUCUUCCGAAAAGGAACCGUAAUUGGCUUCUCGAACCUGAGAGACCAGGCCAAGGAAAACGAUGAUAUUGAAAUUUUAGGCCAAGUUUCACGAUCAAUACUCGCAGCACAGCUUUGUAAAACAUCAGCACCGUCAAGUUUUAGUGCUAAAGCAUAUAUAAUCCACCCAGCAAAUCUUGACAUUUUCUCUCCGCAAAGGCUGCUUGAAUCUUUGUUAUCAGCAUCUCAACAGCCGCCCCUAUCGCGCAAUGAAGCAGUCUCACGUCUGGACCAUGUUCAGUUAUUCCCUGUCUUCGAUAUGGCUGCCGCUGCGCAAUCUAUAGGUGAGGUCUCAGGUGCUUUACAUAGGUAUAAAGAGGAACAGGAAUCACGACAGAAUCAUCAGGCAGAAUCCACAGGCAACAGUGACUGCAGUAUUUUCCUCCUCAUUGCCGGACUUGACACUCUCACCGAGGGAGUCGUACGCGCUUCCUCCAUAGUCAGAGGGACAGCCAUACUGUCAAAUAUACUGCGGACUUUGACACAAUUGUCACGAAUGCAUAGCCCUUAUCUAUCCGUGAUGCUUAUCAAUACUAGCGGUCUUGGGACGAUGACAUCCAACAUGCACGUUGCCCCAGGUCAAAUGCAGCAAAGGAGAAAUCCAGGGUACAAACCGCAGACUUCUCUCGAGGAUGGCCUUCAAUCUAUAUUCCACGCAAGUGAGAGGUUGUUUCCUAGUCUCCUUAUGCGAACAUUGGAGCAGGGAAUCGAUGCUCAUCUUCUAUUAUCGACUGUCAAGUCCGCACACGUGGUUGAAGUCAUCAAAGAUAGGGUAGGCAACGGUGUUGGACGAUGGUGCAUGUGGGACAAACGAAUAAAUUGA